AUGAAAGGCGUGCUUUCAGAGCGCGAACCUUUCGUCGUCGGACGGAAUCCGAUGGGCGGUGAUGCGGUUGGUGACGCCCGGCAAGGGGAAGGAACAAGGCGGCUCGCCUCAAGCGCUCGAGCGGCGUUGCCGAAAGUCAAUCGAAAUGCAGCUGCAGUGAAAUCUGACAACUUCUUUAACUCCAGUGGAACGGCGGUCCUGCCCCGACCCGCAAGGCGAAUUGCGUUUCAGAGCGGAGGAUCUGCUCAUGCAACUGCGGCUCCAUUGCCGGACUUCAACGUGAGCAACGCUACGGGCUUUAUCGCCCUUUCUGUAGCGUCGUCGCUCCUUGCGCUCUCAGCUCUUUACUAA